AUGUCAAAUAAUAUUACAGAAGUAUAUACGAACACUCCAGAAACGCAAAUAUUGGCCGAAAAUUGGGUUAAUAUUAAUGAAGAGAGUAUGGACGAACCUAUCUUUGAACCAAGAACCUUUGAAUUAAACAAAGCUGAUAUGGUAUAUGAUGAAAAUUCUGAGUCUGAUAGUGAGUACGAUGAUUUUGAAAGUGAAUACGAAGAAAGUUUUAAUAAUGAUAAUGAGAGUGAUAUUAAAGUUGAGCAAAACAAGCCAAAAAAUUUAACACCAUGUGUGUUAAUUGACAAAAUAGAUGGCAAAAUUCAAAGAUGUAAAAAUAUAGAAAGUUUUCGGACACUAUGGCAACUUGUUGGGAUAUGGCAAAUAGAUAGUAACGAAGUUUUAAAAGCAAAUGAAUCUUUAGAAAAUCUAGGAGUUUGCAGUUAUCAUUUUAAUCAUGACCAAAAAUUACAUGAUUCAAAAACUAAAAAAAAAAUAUCCAUAGCUGAUAGUAUUAUACACAGGCGCAGGUGUCUUUUUUGUGGGAAACUUUUUCAUUUUUUUAGUCGAGGAAAUGGGUGUACAAAACAUUUAACAUGGAAUUUAUUAGGAAAAAAUAUACAAGUUGUGUGCAAUGGACAACAUAAAUGUCCUGCUCUUGAAGAAUGUAAUCCAAUCUGUAAACCUAUUUCCAAAGAUAUUAAAAGUUCACGCUAUAUUUGUUCAGAAUGCUAUGAAUUAGAAGGUGGUCAUUUUCACAUAAAACCCGGUAAAGGAAAAUUAUCAACAACUUGUAUUGAACAAAAGUAUCAUAAUCUUGAUAUUAAAAAAAAUUUAGAUAUAAUUGCGCGUUGGCUUUUUUAUGUUAAAGAUAAUAAAAAUGAAGAAUAUCAAAAAAAAGUACUCAGAAUCUUUCUACCUUCUUAUUUUCAAUUUUUAAAUGAAAAUUAUUUAUAUGAAGUAAAUACAGAAAUUCAAACAAAUCAAUCAAACGAACCAAAUGUUACAUCUAAUUUAUCAAUUCCAAUAUUAUUGAAACUUCCUACUUUUUUUAUGGUUCAAACGUUAACACGCUUAAAUAAAAUUUCAAUUUAUCCUGAUGAAAAAGAAUUAGAAGAAAAAGAUUUUGAGAAAAUCGGGAAGAUAGCUGGAAAUAAAUUAUGGCAAUCAUAUAAACAGUUGAAAGAUAAUCAAAUCAACCUUCAAUUUCCAACUAGUAUUACUGAAUAUGUUGACGCAUUUCCUAAAUUCCUAAAGGUUUUCUUUGAAAAAAUGUUUUUACAAUUAGAAUCAAAAAAAAUAAUCAGAUCAAAUCGAAAAAAUAAAUUGCAAAACAAACCUUUAAAACAAUCCAAUCCCCAAGAAAUGAAUAAAAUCAUUUCCUUUUUGCUUUCAGUAUCAAUAGGAUAUGCUUUUCCUUAUUUCGAUCUCUGGCUUCCUGUUAUAUUGUCAUCUUUAUGCAGAAGACCAAAAUUAAUUUCCUCUCUUCAUGCAUUAUUAACAAAAUGUUCUGUUAUUGGAUACACUAAUCGACAUGAACGGCGAUUAGAAAAAACAAGAAUGCAGAAUGUUGAUCCUGCAAAAAGAUUAAGAAAUGGAAAUAAUGUGUAUAAUUUAGCGGUGAUCGAUAAUAUUGACUUUAAAGAAACUAGUUUUGGAUUCAGUAAUAUUUAUGAUGUGACACGCGGAACUUCUCAUGCUACCUUGAGAAUGGUAUUUCAAUCAACAUUACCUAUAAUUAUUAAUGAAACGCCUGAACCAAUUAAAGAAUUAAAUGUUGAUUCUCAUCUUUUUGGGAUGACGCAAGGAAUGUAUAUAAUGCAAAUCAAAAUUGAUAAUGUUUUUGAGAAAUUACUAGAUUUCCAGGAAAACAUGAACGAAGAUGUAAUUAUUUUAGCCCCUGCUGGUUCUCCAAAUGAUGAUAAUGAAAUUUUUCGUGCCACACAAAUGUAUAAAGAAGAAUUUUCAUUAAACGAUGACGAAUAUCUAGAUAUUUGUGCGGAUGAAGCUAUUUUUAGGAGGCUAAUAAAAUCUCGUACUAGGUGGGAGAAAAUAAGACCUAUACUUGGUCAAUGGCACACGUCUAAGGAAAUGCUCGGUGUAUUACUUACUAUUUUUUCAAGCUAUGGGAUCUUUAACUUGGCUGCAGCAAUUGGAGUUCGCUUCUUAGAUAAACUUCAGGCUGUUGUUGACUAUAGAUCAACAAGAAGAGUAUUGGAAUUAAUAUGGGUUGCUGUUGGGAUAGCAAUUCAUAUUUAUGCAAAAAAAAAGAAUAUUGAUAUUGAAAAUAUUUCAACUGAACCAAUAAAUGAAAAUAUUUGUAUCAAAGUUUGGUACUUUUAUUAUAAAUACUUUGCAAUAUGGAAAAGUCACCUCAUUGGAAUACGAACCAGCAAUUAUGAAUUACAACGCGAUAGUCUGACAGCUUUUGCUCCUCUUUUUCCAGCCGCUGGAAAAAAUAACUAUACAACAUCUGUAGCUCAUUUCUUAUCAAUUCUUAAGAAAUACCCCAAUUUAGAAAAAAAACUCCAAUAUUGUGCUUCUGUCAACUUAACAAGAAAAGGUCACUACUUAGCGUUUGAUGAAGCUUUAGAGGUGUAUGGAGUUGGAUAUGUUAAACAAAAUAUAAUUGGGAAUGUUAUCAAUCAGGAGAAUCUAAAUCUUCAAAUUAGGGCGACUCAAGAGGAAAAAGAAAGAAUUGAUGUAUUGCUAAAUGAAUAUUUAGAUCCUUAUAAUUAUAAUAGGAAAGAUCGUAAAGUUGAUAACAGAAUUGACCUUCUGUGGAAGUUGGUAGAAAAUUUGGUUGAAAUAUUUCAAAUAAAUAAUUAUACAGAGCAUGAUCUUUUUAAAAACAAUCCACCAUCACAAUUAACUCGAGAAGGAUUGGAAAAGUUAAGUAAUGCUUAUAAUGAAGGAUUAAAAAGAAUAAAGGAAGUUUAUUGUCAGGAAGUUAUUAAAAUUGAACGAAUAAACACAAAAGGAAGACGCCAUUUAGAAAUAGUUAAAACAGAUGUAAGAUCAAUAAGUAAAUUACAAAAAAGAAAAGUAACCGAGGGAAAUAAUGGAAGCUCAUCCUGUUCAAUACCAAUUGAUGAAAAUCCUCAACAAUUAAGUGAUAAAAAUCCUGUUUCUAAACGUAAAAGAAUAGUUACAACAAAUGAAGAAAAAGAAAUAUUAAAACCCUUAUUGCUUAAAGAAACAAUACCAACUGAAGAAGAAAUUAACAAUAUUUUAGCUAAUUUACCUUUUACAUGGGAUAUUCAAAGAAUAAAACGCUAUUACUUAAAUAAUAAAAAAAAAAAUUAA